AUGCAUACAAUAUAUAUAUAUAUAUAUAUGUACAGUACAAGGCCUGCACUGCAGCUGCUGCUGCUCCUAAAUGCAUGGACUAGCAGAAGCAAAACCCCACUUGCAGAGCCAUAAUUUGUUCUCUAUUCCCCUCUCAUUAAUUACAUCUCUGCGUCUGAAGUUUCUUGAGGUUUAUUUUACUGGUCAGCAUUUUCAUGGGGAAGACUGGAGGGAGCUCCUGGUUGACUGCGGUCAAAAGGGCUUUCUGGUCUCCUACCAAGAGUGACAGAAUCAACACUAGGAGGAGAGAAGAACUGCAGGAACAAGAGGAAGAAGAAAAGAAGAGAGGAAAGCGGAGAUGGAUUUUUAGGAAGCAUACGAGCCAAGAAACGUUUAUACAUGUACAACAUAGUGAGAGUCCAAACUCCGCUGCUGAUGGCGGAGCAACCGCUCAAAAUGCAACUAUGGCAGCUCAUGGUGAGGCUGGUGAUGCUCUUGCAAUGGCGGUGGCCACGAAAGCGGCGGCUCAGGCAGCAGUUGUCAUGGUGCAAGCGGCUGUCAAAGCUGUUCGUCUUGCUAAGUCUAAUUGCAGGCCUUCCAUUUUCGUUAGAGACUAUGCUGCCGUUGUUAUUCAGACUGCCUUCAGAGGAUAUCUGGCGAGAAGAGCUCUUCGGGCGCUGAAGGGGCUGGUGAAGCUUCAAGCACUGGUGAGAGGCCACAAUGUUAGAAAGAGGGCAAAGAUGACUCUGCAAUACAUGCAGGCUCUGGUUCGAGUGCAAGAUCGUGUUCUUGACCAACGAACGAAGAGGCUUUCGCACGAAGGCAGCGCAGAGUCCAUUUUCAGUGAUCCCACUGGCUUGUGGGGAUCACAUUUCUCAGACAGAAGGGAGUCCAUUUCGAAAAACGACGAGAGGAGCGCCACGGAUGAUUUGAUCCAUUGGGACGAUGUCAAACCGAAAACAUUGGAGCAGAUUCAAGCCAUGUUGCAGAAAACAAAACAAGCUGCCUUGAAGCGUGAAAGGAGUACCAGCCUUGCUUAUGCCUUCUCUAACCAGAAAUGGAGAAGUAGUGGUAGCGGUGACGAAGAUGCUGGUGAGCAUGAGGAGCUAGAGGAGAAGUUUAAUUUGCUUGAUGGUUGGACAAGAAGAAAGCAAUGUGAGAUCAAUGCAGGCAGAGCUUCAUGUGAUCAGAGAGAUCCCAUCAAGACCGUUGAAAUCGACACUUCUCGACCUCACUCUUAUUCGAGUACCCCGAAUUCCAAUUCCAGAACCAAACGAUCAGAUCAAUGCAAUUAUCAGAGCCAUCAUCUGCAGUAUAAUUAUCAACAGCAAAGAGUUCAUCCUCAGUCAUAUCCAGUUGCCUCUCCUCAAUCACCCGUCACGCCAUUUACUUCCGUGGCAAGAAAUCUACAACACUCGGCUAGUCCCCGUUGCCUUCGUGGAGAUCAUAGGAUUAACCACCCAAUGCCGGCAUCACAUACACCAAACUUGAACUUGGGCUCAACUAAUUACGACCACGGAUUAAUGGGGGUGCCAAACUACAUGGCUGCUACAGCAUCAGCCAAGGCUCGGAUUCGGUCUCAAAGCGCACCAAGGCAAAGGCGUUCAACAAGCGAGAGAGAAAAGUCGGGGUCCGCGAGGAAACGCUUGUCGUUUCCAGCUCCUGACCCAUGUGGUGGUGGCAGUGCUAUUGCUGAUAUUAAUGGUGGUUCAGAUUUUACCUUGGAGAGCCCAAGAUAUAACAACGGCAUCAACGGAGACCUAGCAGUUCGAAUGCCGCGGAGGCCAAGCAUGUCAUCUUGUUACACAGAUGGUGAGACAUCUCCAACUUCCAGCGGUGAGCUCAGAAGGUACUGGUUUAGGUAAUCAAGCAGAAGGAUGCGAUUGAGUGGCAGAUUUGACAAAUGAUUACUCUGCUAACUCAAUUUCAAAUGCACAAAUAUGUGACUAGAGGAGCAAUUAACUUAACUUUCAAGAUUUCACUAGAUGCUUUUAUUCAUGUAUAAUCUGUUGAGAGUUUUCCCACGUCGGUGAGGGACAAUGUUUGCUAUGUGCUUAUAUAGUCUUAGGCUACUCUCCAUAUUGCCAA